AUGUUGCAUAAAGAUUUCUUGAGUCCUCAAGUACUUGUAUAUUUUCGAUGUGCCAUUGGACUAGUUUACCAGAGUUUAGGAAGUGACGAUCUUGCCAUUAGCGAAUUUAUGGAAGCCAAGAAGUUCUGCUCCAGCAUGAACAACAGCGACUGUGCCAUACCGUACAGUUGUGCCGGUGGAGUUUUUUAUCAUGUUGGACAAUUUCUUCUGGCAAACAAGUACUUCACCAAAGCUUUGGAAAUUAGGCGUUCGUUGUUGGGUGACAAUAAUGUGGACACUGCAAUCUCUCUCAUUAAUGUAGCUUGCAGUCAACAAUGUCUUGGAGAAUUUCAAAAUGCCAGUGACCUGUACCAGCAAGGUAUCAAAGUUUUGCGAGAACAACUUGGUCACGCUCAUCCUCGAACGGAGACAGCCACUCGAAACUAUAAUAGAUUUAAAGAUAACUUUCUGAAGCAUUCAAGCUUUGAUUCUGUUCUUUCAACUCCCUACCAACCGCUUGAAAUACCCAUCUUCAAACUUCCAAAAGCAGAUCCAAACGAAAAGAAGGCAAGCGGCAAAAAAUCCACCAAGAAAAAGAAAUAA